GAAAUCAGGGUGAAGGAAGCGAAGAAAACCAGAAAAUUACUGUUGAAAAGAGCUUUAUUACUUUUCAGAUCAUGACUACUUACCGUAUAGAGCCCUCUUGGCAGCAGGAAGAUGUGAUAAAUAACAUUGUUGCAGAUGAUCCUCUGGCAGUGAUAUAUAAUGAAGGCCAGUGGAGAAUAAGCAGAGUUUCCCCACUAUACAAACUCGAAUACAAGGCAGUAAAACUGAAGCAGUAUGGGACAAAAGUGCGCCAAGCAAUUGUUAGCAGCGUCACCACUAACACACCUACAAAAUAUACGGUGAAAUUCGAGAGCCAACCCAAUUUAGUAUAUAAUGAAGAGGACGCACCGGGUUUGCUGAUUACAAUAUCAUCAACACAAGAGAACACAAAGAAAACUAAAUUGGCAUAUACAGCUGCCCUCCUGUCCUGGGGUGUAUUUACAGUUCUGGACAAUGCAGUGCACUUACCAUACAUGUUGGAGAGAGGGGAACAGAAGUUGGGAGUGGCCGUGAAAGAUACCUUGCAAACUUUGUUUGAUUGUCAAGUAAAGCAGUAUCAGUUUACACAGAACCAAUUACUGCAUAUAGGCUUGAAAUUCCUAGAGAAUGACACCUCUGUGAACAGAGACCCUUUUGUAUUUGUAUACAAAACUCCACAAGUAGACCUAAAGGACAAAUUGACUAUUGCUUUGGACAUUGGAGAUAUGAAAAUAAUAUGGAAUGGGGUACAACAAGAAGUGGGCAAUAAAUCAGAACUGGUAAACCUGGCCUAUCAAAUACUGCAGAAUCAAAUAUUCUGUAUGAUAAGUUUAGAUAUUUCAGUCUUACAACUUUGCGAGUUGAUCCUACCAAAAGCUGAAGUAAAAAGUUCUGGAAUUAUCAAAAUGAAGACACCUGAAAAUGUCAAUUGUCUAUUUACUACCUUAAAUGAAGUUGAUGAUGCAAAUAGUUCAAAAGUUAGUGAUGUAUCUCAUUAGAUAAGUUAUUAGUAAGGUUAGAUAAGGUAUAAACGCAAUUACUAAAAUAGUUGUUUUCAUUGUAUUAAUAUGAACUCUAAACCAAAGCACAUGGUGUGCUUUUUUGUGAACAUAUAAGAUAUAAUGAAUAAAUGAAGAUUUAAAUGCAUUUGUUAAAGAUAUUCUAUCAUAUAGUGAAUACCAGUUGUUAAUAAUUGUAACUAGUUUAUUUAAAAGAAAC